CGUCUCCGGGAAUCAGGAACAAUCUACAGCAGCCUAUCUGCUUACGUUUCUGCCUAUGUCCAGCGAUCCUGAGUAUAGUGCAUUUCUCUGCCUGUGAUCCUUUCAACUUAAAGCAAUGCCAACAUGGGCUCUUCACAUCAAAUCAACAUCACAAUGAGAAUUUGGAAAAUUCUGCCGCUGUUUGUUGUAGCGACCUCCAUCUGCCUGUGUUUCUGCAGGGCUGAAGACAGUUCAAUGGAGAACAUCGUGACAGAAAAGAAAGCAGAAGAAAGCCACAGACGAGACAGUGCAGACCUGCUGAUCUUCAUCCUGCUCCUCACCCUGACAAUCUUAACAAUAUGGUUAUUCAAACACCGACGCUUCAGGUUUCUGCACGAGACUGGACUUGCUAUGAUAUAUGGUUUGCUUGUGGGAGUUGUCCUGCGUUAUGCCAUUCAUUUGCCCAGUGAUAUGAGCAAUGCUACACUGAGCUGUAAUGUCAAUGCCAGUCCAGCCACAUUGCUUGUGAAUGUCAGUGGUAAAUUUUAUGAGUACACGCUAAAAGGAGAGAUCGGUGCCAGUCAAGUUAAUAACAUUCAGGACAACGAGAUGCUCCGCAAGGUGACUUUUGACCCAGAGGUCUUCUUCAAUAUUCUCUUGCCUCCCAUCAUAUUUCAUGCUGGAUACAGUUUAAAGCGGAGGCAUUUCUUCAGGAACUUGGGCUCCAUUCUGGUUUAUGCCUUUGUGGGAACUGUUGUGUCCUGUUUCAUCAUUGGGUUGUUAAUGUAUGGCUGUGUGAUGCUGAUGAAGCAAAUUGGCCAACUGGGUGGUGAGUUCUUCUUCACCGACUGCCUGUUUUUUGGUGCCAUUGUCUCAGCCACCGAUCCAGUGACAGUGCUGGCCAUUUUCAGUGAGCUGCAGGUGGAUGCAGAUCUGUACGCACUUCUGUUUGGAGAAAGUGUUCUCAAUGAUGCUGUUGCUGUUGUGUUAUCCUCGUCAAUUGUAGCAUAUCAGCCCACAGGAGAUAACACUCACACUUUUGAAGGCAUGGCCAUGCUAAAGUCCUUUGGCAUCUUUUUGGGUGUUUUCAGUGGCUCUUUUGCCCUGGGAUUGGCAACUGGAGUCGUAACUGCAUUGGUCACAAAGUUCACCAAACUAAGGGAUUUACCACUGCUGGAGACGGCUCUGUUUUUCCUCAUGUCCUGGAGCACUUUCCUGCUGGCAGAGGCCUGUGGAUUUACGGGUGUGGUUGCGGUUCUGUUCUGUGGCAUGACACAAGCCCACUACACCUUUAACAACCUUUCCCCUGAGUCUCAGGACCGAACAAAACAAUUAUUUGAGCUGCUGGAUUUCUUGGCUGAGAACUUCAUAUUUUCCUACAUGGGCUUGACAUUGUUUACCUUCCAGAACCACGUCUUUAACCCACUCUUCAUAGUGGGUGCAUUCGUCGCUGUGUUUCUGGGCAGAGCUGCGAACAUCUAUCCUCUCUCCUUCCUGCUCAACUUGGGCCGCAGACACAAGAUCAGCCCCAACUUUCAGCACAUGAUGAUGUUUGCAGGUCUUCGUGGUGCCAUGACCUUUGCCCUGUCGAUCAGGGACACGGCCACGUAUGCACGGCGGAUGAUGUUCUCCACCACACUGCUGGUGGUCUUCUUCACCGUCUGGAUCUGCGGCGGGGGCACGACUCAAAUGCUCUCCUGCCAGAAAAUUCGUGUUGGAGUGGACACAGAUCAAGACCACUCUAUCGGCCCUGAUGGAGUGGACAGGAGAAGUACUAAACAGGAAAGUGUAUGGCUGUUUAGGAUCUGGUACAACUUUGAUCACAAUUAUCUGAAGCCCAUUCUGACCCACAGCGGACCACCGCUCACCACAACACUUCCUGCCUGCUGUGGACCUCUGGCGCGAUGCCUCACUAGUACACAAGCAUAUGAGAAUCAGGGGCAGCUGAACGACGACGACUCCGACCUCAUUCUUAAUGAUGGUGACAUGACUCUGUCCUACGGUGACAUCACCGUGAGCACAGAUGCAUCGGGGGCUCACACGAGCGGGGCGCCCGUUGGUGGAAUGGGUAUGAACUCCGAUGAUGCUCUAGAUCAAGAGCUGGCCUUUGGCGAUCACGAGCUAGUGAUCCGAGGUACCCGAUUAGUCCUUCCCAUGGAUGAUUCAGAGCCCCCACUGUCUCUGGACUCCUACCGUCAACGCCACAAGCACGAAACUAUGAGCUGAACGGGAUAAAGUGUGACAGCACGAGCCUGUCCAUCUCUCUUUCUCUAUCAUCUCUCUCUCAUCUGGAGCAAUCAGUCUCAGCAGCUUUCCUGUCUCUCGAGUCGCUGGUUUGAUGUCUCUACCUCAUUCGUCACUCUUUAUUCUGUUCUUCUUUAUAUGACAUCACAGAAAUGUAUUAUUUAUUGUCUUCGUGGCUCGGCCACAAAGCAUCUAACAGCGUCUUUACUACAGCUUAGAGUUCGGAAGCAUGCUCUGGUUCCUCACCAUCUCUAAGGUUACCAUGACAACAGAAUAAGCAUACUUGUGUUGUGUAAAGCAAGGCGUCAAAUUGCCGUAACCUGGCACGCAUGCUUAUUUGUGUCUUCUCUUGAUGUGAGGGUGCUUGUUUAGGAGAUCUGAAGAGUCAGUGGCAACAUUUCUGUGGGUUUAACGCUUUUAACUGCCUUCUCUCUCUCUCUUUGUGAUAGUCUAAACCGAGACAGUGGCUCUGCGGUUGCAAUCAAGUGCCUGUCGAAUGUAGUUUUCCACAUAGAGCAAAAUGACAUUAUCUGCCGUCCACUAGAUGGAGGCCUUGUAGUUUGUUUGUCCGAGCAGCGGGUCUGGGACUGGCUGCAGAUGGAUGUCAUUCAUGGUCGUAGAGACGCGUGUAACCGGGUACAGGUCUGGAUCUUAUAAUGUGACCUAUGACUGUGAAUCUGUGAAGGUUUUCACGUCUUGCUUUAUGUUAGUUUGCACUGUCAAAUGAUGCAUUUUAAAGAAAGAGAGCCAUUUGUGUUGUUUGUUUUACUAAAACAAUCUAUAUAUAUAGUUUGAAAAUAAAUGUUUCUGUUUCUUCUUUUUCUAGAUCCCACCUUGUAAUGUUUAAAAUGUUUAAAGAACAAGAUGUCAUGUUUAACUAUGAAUGUUUAAAACGACAAACGUAUAGAUUCUACAACGUUAUAGUAUUACAUAAUAUUAUAUUUUACAUUAUAUACAUUGUAAUAUAUUAUAGCAUUACAAAAUAUUUAUAUAGUGCCCAUACUUUUUGUGGUGUAGGGCUAUCUAGUAUACACAAAUUAAAAUUGCAGGAUCUGUUUAAAAAAAAAGACUGAUGGGACUUAUGCCUGUACCUUUUUAUAUUCCUAAUUCUGCAUGAAAUGUUAUGAGGAAAAUCAUAACCGUCCACUGUUUCCUCCCAACGUUCAUAUUGUCUGAUUAAAACAUUUUCUAAUUAAAAAGGCAGUGUCUAGAUCAGUGUUAAAUGUCACAGCAGCACCGAUGUGGUUUUUAAAUACAGGUUGUAAUAGGAGUAAUACUGUAGCUAUUCAGAUUUUAGACUUAUUUGAAAAGGGCUGAAUUAAUUUUCAUGUUCGUACUUUACAGAAAGAAAAAACGUGACCUUUUUGCAACUGGCUGACAUCUAAAAAACACAGAUUUACAUUACAUUAAUUCAUUCUGCGCUAAUGGCAUUGCAAUAUGAUCUUUACAUUUAAGCCUGCGUCCCAAUUUGAGUGCUAUUCAGCCAAAGUUGUAUGCAAGAGGAGGAUUGGUGCAUCUUAAAUCAUACUUCCAAUCCGGUGGAUAUUGCUUUUCGGGAUAAUGUUGCUCGCAAUUGCUUGCAUUAAGAAAUAGCAAGAGUUUUUAAUGAUUCUUUAUGAAACUUUUCAGAGAACAGUUUUUAGAAAUUAGAUCCCCUUAUAGCCAGCUUUAAAAAUGAAGGAACGGUAUCAGAAAACGAAUCAUUUUAUUAUUAUUUGAUCAAUGUUGCUGUGGCUUUUGUUGCUUUUUGUCUGUCGGUGGACUGUGUAGAAAAAGCAGUAUGGAUGUGAGCCAUUGGAUGUCGUUUACUUGAUAGCAACAGUGUUUGUAUGGUGAAAGUUGUGCAUUCUCUGGCUUGUUAAGAGAAUUUUCCAUUAAAGUGAAACAAGUCUUAUUCGAGCGUGAUGAUGGCUUUCUACACAGUUAUCUCCUGCUGUGCAGGAUGAUAUGAUGAUGAGUUCACAGUAUUAUAGUUUUUGCUUCUACUUAAUAAUAUACAUAAUGCACAGGGACAGUGUGUGUAUUUAGAUGUGAGGCAAUUGAAUUAAGCAGAUUUAUAGCAGAUUUGCACUCUUCCAUUCUUUGUUUUUGCCUUUUGUACCUUAAGGGUUGCCAGGUUUUCAAAGCAAAACAGGCCAGUUGCUACUCAAAACUAGCGCAAUAGAACGUGCUGGGUUAUUUUCAAUCCAGCGUUGGGUCAAAAAAGGACGAAUGCGAUGGGUUGUUAUUUAACCUAUGUUUCAAGCCAAAAUGCGGUUGUUGUUUUGUUAAAAAAUUUUUUUUAGGUUAUUUUAAACCCAAUGGCUGGAUUUAACCCAACACCGAUUUAAAAAACAGCGUAGCCAAUUGCAUUUCGUGGGGACUCUCUGGUGAACAUCAAAUUUUUGGGGUAAAAUCAGUUUUUUGUGACAUUAUUGGGGUCUCUAGUAACAGUGUUAAAGGGAUAGUUCACACAAAAAUGAAAAUUUUGAUGAACACAAAAGAAGAUAUUUUGAGAAAUUAUGGUAUAUGCACACAGGUUUUUGUAACCAUCGACUUCCAUAGUAGGAAUAAAAAAUAUGAUGGAAUUCAAUGGGUACCAUCAUCUGUGUACUUGCCAUCAUUUAUCAAAAUAGCUUCUUCAUCAUUUAUAACAAUACUUCUAAAAUAUUUUUUCCUACUAUGGAUGACAAUGGUCACCCAAAAAUGAACAUUCUGUCAUCAUUUACUGACCCUCAUGUUGUUACAA